AGUGACGUUUUCACGAAAAAAAAAAUACGUCUCGCGAGUUUUCAUUUUCCAACGAGACUAACAGCCGCCAUUUUCGUGGAGUAAGCAGUCAGGAAAGGGUAAAAAAAAAGUCUGUUCGUAGUCAUUUCUACUUUUGUUGAUUUAGUUUAUCUCAUACGGCAAAAGCUACAUUUAAGUGCUUGACAGCAGCGGUUCUAGAAAAAAUAUAGAUACAUAUAUAUCGUUACAGGUCACACGAUCCCACGUUUCUCUCUGCACAGGUGCUGUCGGGCCUUUUUGCACAUUUCGGUCCCCUCAUUGCAACUUGCUUUUGGGAAACAAAUUAGUUAUAUUCUGUUGCAUUUGAUUCAACGUUGCUGGGGCUCAGCCCUGAAAACAUUUUAGAGGGCUGAUCAGUUUCUAAAAUGAUAAUAGAAAACCUUGAGGCUCUGAAGUCGUGGCUCUCAAAGACCCUAGAACCCAUAUGUGAUGCUGAUCCAUCUGCUCUUGCUAAAUAUGUUGUUGCCUUAGUUAAAAAGGAUAAAACCGAGAAAGAACUUAAAGCAUUAUGCAUAGACCAGUUGGAUGUAUUUCUUCAGAAAGAUACCCAGAUUUUUGUUGACAAGCUUUUCAAUGCUGUGAAUUCAAAGAGUUAUCUACCUCAGUUUGAGCAGCCUUCAUCGACGACUGUAAGAACAGAACCUUUUCAACACCCAGAGAAAGAUGAUGUAAAAAAAGAUGAGCAGGUAAACAAGGAAGAAGAGAGGGACACAAAAAAAUUCCCCAGAAGAAUAAAUCACAGCCCCCAGCAGUCCAGUUCACGGUACAGAGACAGCAGAAUUCGGGAUGACCGAAAAAAGGACGACCGCUCUCGAAAAAGGGAUUACGAGCGAAAUCCUCCAAGGAGAGACUCCUACAGGGACAGAUAUAACAGGAGGAGGGGUCGCAGCCGCAGUUACAGCAGGAGUCGCAGCCGCAGCAAAGACAGGCCUCGUGACCGGGACAGAAGCAGAACAAGAAGCCGAAGCAGAACAAGCAGAGAAAGGGACACUGGUAAAUCCAAAUAUGACCUAGACAGAACAGAAAGAACCGAGCCUUCAGAGAACAAUUAUACUUCAGCAUCAUUGGUUUCAUCUGAUCACUAUCCUGUCCCAUCACUCAGCAGUACUAUCACUGUUAUAGCACCAACUCACCAUGGCAACAACACUAGCGAAAGCUGGUCAGAAUUCCAUGAAGAUCAAAUAGAUCAUGGCUCAUAUGGGAGAGGACCACCACCAAAGAAACGCUGCAGGGAUUAUGACGAAAAGGGCUUCUGCAUGAGAGGAGAUAUGUGUCUGUUUGACCAUGGAAGUGACCCAGUGGUUGUGGAAGAUGUCAAUCUCCCAGGCAUGCUGCCAUUUCCAGCACAGCCCCCUCCUGUUGAAGGACCUCCCCCUCCUGGCCUUCCACCACCUCCCACCAUGAUGACACCACCUCCUAUAAAUUUAAGACUGCCAGGGCCCCCUCCUAGUCCUUUACCUCCAAGCCUUCCACUGGUAACAGGGCCUCCACCAUCUCUUCCUCCUCUCCAACCUCUCCAGCCCUCUGGUUUGGAUGCACCCCCAAACUCCAUUACAGGUUCUGUACCUCCAAUUGUGACCUCGGUGAUUCGUCAUCCACCACCUCAAGCUCAGCCCCCUCUCUUCACUUCAGAAACAUAUGAACCUGAUGUAUAUAAUCCUGAAGCACCAAGCAUAACCAGCACUUCAAGACCUGUGUAUAGACACAGAGCACAUGCGCAAAGACCAAACCUAAUAGGGCUGACAUUGGGGGAAGAGGAUCUUCCACCAAGAGAAAACCCUGCUAACAACAGCAUGAGAAUAGUGGUGGAAUCAGAGUCCAGAAAAAGAGCAACAGGGGCAGUAGACAGUGGGAUGCUUUCUAAGAAACCCUGGUUUGACAAGCAAAAUUUCAGUAACCCUAAUAACCUAGGAUUCCAGAAGAAGAUGCAGUUUGGAGCUGAAAAUGCAAAGCUAGAAAUAAGGAAGAUUCCUUUGGAGCUCAAUAACAUCCGCAAGCUUAAUGAACACUUCUGCAAGUUUGGCACUAUUGUUAAUCUCCAGGUGGCUUAUAAGAGUAAUCCUGAAGGUGCCCUUAUUCAGUUUUCCAGUCACGAAGAGGCUAAGAGAGCUAUGUCCAGCACUGAAGCUGUGCUUAACAAUCGCUUCAUCAAGGUAUUCUGGCAUCAAGAAGACAUUGCACCCCAACUGCAGCCUACAACACAACAGGUGCAUCGGACUUCAGCACAGCAACCCAGUGCGUCAGCACUCAAACAGUCUGUAAAAGAUCGAUUGGGUCCUAUACCAACAGCCACUACAGAGCCAGCUCAGCCACAACCUUCAAACACAGUCUCCACUCAGAACACCAGUAAACUUUCUGUGAAAGAAAGGUUGGGUUUUUGUUCUAAACCGUCAGCAGUCGCAAAUCAAAAGGUGCUGUCUACUUCUAUGGGCCUUACAAAAACUGUUUACAACCCUGCUGCCCUGAAGGCAAUACAGAAAACUAUGCCUUUUGUGAACACUGGUGUUGCAGACCACAGCGAAACCCUGAAAAAGAAACAGGAAGCACUAAGGCUUCAACAAGAUGUAAGAAAAAAGAAGCAGGAAAUAGUGGGAAAACACAUUGAAACACAAAAGAUAUUAAUCUCAAAACUGGAGAAAAACAAAACCAUGAAACCGGAGGACAAGGCUGAAAUCAUGAAAACUCUGAAAACUCUGACAAACAGCAUAACCAAACUGAAAGAUGAACUGAAAGCAAUCUCAAGUGGCAUUCCUCACAAAACCAUGAAAACCAGGGCUCAGAUGCAAAAAGAGCUGCUGGAUUCAGAGUUAGAUUUAUAUAAGAAGAUGCAAGCUGGGGAAGAUGUUGCACAACUGAGGAGAAAGUACACAGAACUUCAGCUAGAGGCUGCCAAAAGAGGAAUCUUGUCAUCUGGUCGUGGUAGGGGGGGCCAUGCCCGGGGACGUGGGGCACUUAGAAGCCGUGGCAGAGGAAUGCGUGGAAGGGGUAGAGGGGCCCCUCUGUAUGCUGUGGUGGACCACCGUCCAAGAGCUUUAGAGAUCUCUGGUUUUACUGAACCUGAUAGAGAGGACUUGCUUCCUUAUUUUGCACAAUUUGGUGAAAUUGAAGACUGGCAGAUUGACGACUUGUCUCUUAAUGCUGUCAUUACCUACAGGACAAGGGCAGAAGCGGAGGCUGCUGCCGUUCAUGGGGCUCGGUUUAAAGGUCAGGACCUUAAACUGGCAUGGCACAAGCCUGUCACCACCCUUACUAAUGCUGAUCCUGAGGAAGCAGAACCCGAUGAAGAGGAGUUUCAGUCAGAGUCCUUGCUAGAUGAUGCUUUACUUCAAGAUGAUGAUGAAGAGGAGGAUGACAAUGAAUCUCGGGCAUGGAGAAGAUAAUUUACCAGACCCUGAAGCAUGGCUGUCCGCACCUACACCAGACUGCUUACCUGACUUGUUUCGAAAUACUUUUUAACAACUAGUAGUGUGUUUUACUAGAAAUGAAUGAAGAUUUAAGUUUAUAAAAAUGCAAGCAGAAGUACAUCUUGUGUGAGUUAUGUUUUAAGAAAUGAUUGUAAAUACUGUAGGAGGCACACAUGUAAAGCUUUUCUUUUUUUAUUCUUCUGUAAUGUACAAUGUUACAUGACCUUUAAAGAUUCCUUUUUUUCUUUUUACCGAUUUGGUCUAUUACUAGUGACCAGAUUUGUUUUAUUGAGAGUUUGGUUCCAUGUUAUUAUGGAAUGAGGUUACAUUGGAUAACUUUUAUGAAUGUUCAUGCGUUCUGAGACGACCACAAACGUAUGUUAGGUAUUUGAGGGGGGGGGGGGGGGGGGGAGAUGUUACUUUGCAUAGUUUUGGUUGAGUUUUGUGUACGUAUUUUACGUAUUGGAUUUUAAUGAUGAACUGUAUGACUGAUCUGCUUCCAAGUCUCUUUUGACUACUAUUAUUAUUAUAUAUAUUUUUUUUUGACAUGUAAAAAAUAAAGAACUGGAAUGGUCUAUAACAUAAAAGACAAAACAAAGCAAUAACAAAAAAAGACAAUUGAAAAGAUUAACAGCAAAAAAAAAAAAAAAAAAAUGAAGACCAUUCCAAACCCCCCACCCCCAUGGUCACAAAAAGAGCUGAAAUCCAUUUUACCCUGCCACUGUAACUGAGCUAUGGUGACACACACAUCUACGCAAGCUGGAUGUCAUUCAGAGCAGUAAGUAUGUGCCUAGAGGAGGUUCAAACUGGAACUGGAUACCAGAGGGAAGAACCUGCUACAGCUGACCUGUUGCCACAAGAAAAAAUGCCAAGCACAUUUUUCAUAAAAAUAAAGCAGGUGAUUUAUCUAUUUACUUUACACUUUGCAGAACUAUUUGACACAUAAACCAAGACCAAUGCCCCAAAUUAUUAUACACUAUAAUAACUCCCAGGCCUCGCCCGUAUUUGAUUGUUUAUGUCGUAAACAGAAUGUAAUUCACACUUGUAAUUUAGAUUUCCAUUACACAAGAGUAGAUGUUAAAACUUCAUGCUGAUUUGAACUCGGCUCUCUCUUUUUUUUUCCCCUCAAAUUAUGCAAAUAGACACAUUUUCUCUUGGGCCCAGCUCCCAAUGUCCCAUCUUAAUUAAGACUAAAUCUUUCUUUAAAAAAAAAAUCAAAUAAAGUUUUCUUCAGUGUGUAUUUUUACCUUUCUAACACUUGAUGUUUUGAUUUUCAGUUAAGCCAUGGAGCUCUUGGGCAAAUGAAAAGUGGAACCUAAAAUUAACCUUUAACAUUUUUAUAAAGGCCACUAUCUAUGGACCUCCAAGAUUGGCAGCUCGGCCAACAAGAUUCAAACCUUGCUUGCAUGACUUGCCCUGAUGGGAUCCCCCUGAAAAUUACCUCGUAUACAAGAAACAACUUCUGGGCUUGUUGUCUACUUUAAGCCACAGGUUUUAAAACGUUGUUCAAGAAGAAUGGUGACAAAACUUAAGUCUUGCAUAGCUUUAGCAUGAAUUUGAUGCACAGUGCACUUUUGUAUUCCAAUCAAUAUCAAGUACACCUCUUAUUUUAAAAUGUGGUGGUUUGUAUAGCUGUAUUAAUAUUUUACAUAUAUAGUAUGUUUUAUUACAUGUAAAUAAGACCAAUUACAUUACUUGAGCUGAGUAGUUCAUUGUUUACUCCAAUAUGUUGAAAUUAUUUGCAGUGGAGUGGGUUGGGUCUUUAUCCUUUUAACCAGUACAACUAACUUAACUUGGUAUCAAUGUUAUAACUUUUCUCAUGUGUCAUUAGGGUUGCCACCCGUCCUGGUUUUGCCUAGAUUGUUCUCUUUUCAGGCAGCUGCCCUGGGAAAUCUGUAAGACUUCUUGGGACAUUAAAUGUCAAAGUAUAUGAUUGAUUGAUUGAUUGAUUGAUUGAUUGAUUGAUUGAUUGAUUUAUGUAUGGUAUGUAUGUAUGUAUGUAUGUAUGUACGAAAUGACUCUGGUGUCCUGGUUUUUUGUAAGUGUCACGGAUUUUGUCAAAAAAAAAAUUUAAAAAAAAUGUAUUUUUGAAGAUACAUAAAAUGGGGAAAAAAUAAUUUGAAAUGUCACGUUUUUACACUUUUAUCCUCUCAGCAUUUGUUAUUGGUGGUAAUUAUAUUUGUACUUUUGACAGCUGGGGGUUUGGGCAAACUUUCUGAAAUCUGUUUAUGAGCCUUUCAGCAGUGUUGUCAUUUAUCCAUCAGCAUUCACUCCAUUUAAUCUGGGCCCCUCAGCUGUGCAGACUGCAGCCCCUGUUGUGAGUGAUCGGCCUGCAUGAGUGCUCCCAGCAUCUCCCGUCGCAUCACAUUUGCAUAAAAUAGGACGGAUAACCAAAUCAGAGCCCAGAAAUGAAAAUGCUCAGCACCAUGCCUGUCACAGUUGUUGUUCAACUAAUUGUGAAAAAUUUGAUUAGCUGGAUUUUCACUGUUUAUCAUUAAGACUCCCCCAAAUUUGCCUUGGCUUGUACUUCCCUACAUGUAGCUUUUAAACACAAAGUACCCUCAACCCUCCCUUGGGAUUACUUUCCCUGCCCACCAGCUUUUAAUGCUGGCACAUUCACUUGCUAAAUUAGGUCCACGUUGCAGGCAAACACAAUUAAUAAAUGGGAAGAGACACAGCCAUUGCACUUAAUUUUUAUUUAUUUAUUUAUUUAUUUAUUUUUAUUUUGUUUUAUACCAACUCUGUACAAAGAACAGCAAAAGCUUUUACUUGCAGUAUUUUUUUUUUUUUUUUUUUUACUUACUGUAUAGUGAAAAUAGCAUGGGAGGUAAAAUAAAAGCAGUAACAAAUGCUUCUGCUUUAAACUUUGGUUUAGUUAGAUGAAGUUUGUUUACUGUAAGAAGGUAGCUUCAAGGUAGUUAAGUUGUUUGGUAUUUUUGUAUUUAUUUUAUUAGAAUGAUACAAUAUUGGAAAGGAAGGUAAGAUGUAAAUUUUGAAUACCAUAGUGUAUAUUUGCAGAAAUUGACUCUCCACUUUAUUUUUCUCAUGUUUGUGUUAUAUGUACCUCCACUUGUGCAGUUUUGCUAAUUUCAUGGCAAUUUUUGUUCUACUUUGCAUCCAAAUCAAGACAAUGGAUUUACUAGCUGGUACCAACUUCAAUGCAUCUAGAACUCAAUCCCUGCAUAAUUAUGCACUGCAUUGAUAGACAUAAUAUUAUUCCAUAAGAAGCCCAUAUGAAAAGUCUCAUAUCUGUUUAAAAAUGUCUGGAACUUGGGAUGAAAUAUUUAAUCCUCAGUUAAUGUGCUAUGCCUUAUUGCUGCUGGUGUAUCCAGUGAUACUUGCACACAGUAUGUGUGUAAAAAAAAAAAAAGUGAACAUUUGUAAGUAGUGUAAUAAUUACACAAACUCCUAUGGUUAUGAUCAUGGUAUGACUAAUUACUUAACCUGUUGAUUUUGUAACUGUUCAUUAACAAUUGUUCACAUGGUUUGUUUUAGAAGUGCACUAGUCAAGAAAAUGUGCUUAAAUUUAAUGUAUUUUUUCAACAUUUGCAAUAUUUUAGACUCAACGGUGUUCUGUAAUUUAGCAGGUAUCUUUUAAGCUUUGUUUUAUUAAUUUGUUUGCUUAUUUUAAGUAUAGAAAAAUACAUUUAAACUGUGUUUAUACUUUGAAGAAAGGAAGUAGUUUGGAGAAUGCAAUGAAAAUAAAGUUCACAGGGGAUGACCACAUUUUAUAGUCUCAGUUUUCUGCCUUGACAUACUCUGUACAAUUUGCCAAUUUUGACGUAUUAUUUUAAUUAAUCCCAGUUUUUAGGUGUCUGCAACAGAAGCUUGACAAAUGUAACAGUCAGGUUCUUACUUUAUCGUAAAAGAGACAUAAUCUUAAGCAUUUAAUAGGGUGGAUUUAUGUGGUGUAGUUUAUUUCUUAUGCUCACUCAAACAGCUCUCCCCAAAGACAACAUUAAAAAUGUGAUUAGUUAGCUUCCAUCAAUAACACAAAAUAAGAAAAACUGAAGGGACAGGUUUGCAGAGGCCACAGCACAGUGUGUAGUAAACAAUAUAUUGCCUAAUAAGUUUACAUUUGCAGGCUCAUUUGUUAAAACUCUUGAAUUUCUAAUUUGUGUCGACAAGAUAAAUGGAUGGAGCCUUUGUAAUGUGUGAGAUUAAUACUGAUGGAUGGGGAAGCAAGUUUUUUUGCAAGCGUUUUGGUUCCAUGUGAUCCAGUAGGCUUUUCCUUGAAAAGCAUUUUUCUCUUUAUGUAUAUUUAUUUAUUUAUUUAUUUAUUAUUUGCUGGGCUGUUCCUUGAAAUUUACAUUUUAUAAAUACAAAAAAUAGAUAAUGCUUAAUACAUAUUUCAGUAAUUGAACCAGCCUUAUAGUUACCUGUAGACAAUAUUUCUUAAUGUGUCUUAUUUCUCAUGUUUAAGGUCCAUGUGGGCUAACUACAUUCAAAUGACUAUUUCAUGUAUCAUCUUGUUAUUUUGAAAUAUUUGUAUCUGUUUUAGAAACACACACACAGGUGUUAAAAUAUGGUAAAAGUCUGAUAAAUAGCAUAUUUUCCUGUGUAAGAAGCAAUGUCAUUAUUAUUUAUUUCUUAGCAAUGUCAUGUAAAAUGAUGUAAAUAAGUGAAGACACAAAUACUUGUACUGUUAUUUAGCAGCUAUUUCAAAAAAAUGAA